AUGUCCUCACCCACGCCUGGUGACUGCCACCCUGUCGCUGUCCUCGUAACACUGUCCUCACCCACGCCUGAUGACUGCCACCCUGUCGCUGUCCUCUUAACAAUUUCCUCACCCACGCCUGAUGACUGCCACCCUGUCACUGUCCUCGUAACACUGUCCUCACCCACGCCGGGUGACUGCCACCCGGUCGCUGUCCUCGUAACACUGUCCUCACCCACGCCUGAUGACUGCCACCCUGUCGCUGUCCUCGUAACACUGUCCUCACCCACGCCUGGUGACUGCCACCCUGUCACUGUCCUCGUAACAAUGUCCUCACCCACGCCUGGUGACUGCCACCCUGUCGCUGUCCUCGUAACACUGUCCUCACCCACGCCUGAUGACUGCCACCCCGGCACUGUCCUCGUAACACUGUCCUCACCCACGCCUGGUGACUGCCACCCCGGCACUGUCCUCGUAACACUGUCCUCACCCACGCCUGGUGACUGCCACCCUGUCACUGUCCUCGUAAUACUGUCCUCACCCACGCCUGAUGACUGCCACCCUGUCAGUGUCCUCGUAAAACUGUCCACACCCACGCCUGAUGACUGCCACCCUGUCACUGUCCUCGUAAUACUGUCCUCACCCACGCCUGGUGACUGCCACCCUGUCACUGUCCUCGUAACAAUGUCCUCACCCACGCCUGAUGACUGCCACCCUGUCACUGUCCUCGUAAUACUGUCCUCACCCACGCCUGGUGACUGCCACCUUGUCAUUGUCCUCGUAACACUGUCCUCACCCACGCCUGAUGACUGCCACCCUGGCACUGUCCUCGUAACACUGUCCUCACCCACGCCUGGUGACUGCCACCCUGUCACUGUCCUCGUAACACUGUCCUCACCCACGCCUGAUGACUGCCACCCUGGCACUGUCCUCGUAACACUGUCCUCACCCACGCCUGAUGACUGCCACCCUGUCAUUGUCCUCGUAACACUGUCCUCACCCACGCCUGAUGACUGCCACCCUGUCAUUGUCCUCGUAACACUGUCCUCACCCACGCCUGAUGACUGCCACCCUGGCACUGUCCUCGUAACACUGAUCUCGCCUGUACCUGAUGAUGCGGCCCUGUCGCUGCCCCUUCAUAAUUGUCUUCAUCACGUAAUGACUGUGACCAACCACACAGCCCGUAGCACUGACGUCAUACUGAUUAUGUUCCUCCAAAACUGUUGGCACACUAAACAUGUUACAGUCUCCCCUUAA